UUUGAGAAAAAAACAGUGCGACUGUGCGACGAUACAUACGAAAUCCCAAAUCAAAAAGAGUAUGCGAUUUUUUCAUUAGACAAUAAUAACAGUGCGAGAGUUGGAUUCAUGCAAACACAGGUUUAUCAGCAUCGCAAUGUGAAAAAGAAAGAAGCGAUGCAUAGAUUAGUAGAGAUGGCUAGAUUUCAUACCCGAAAACUAUCUCUCAGUCUCAUCACUUUCUACACCAUUUUCAUUUUUGCUUUCUCCAUCUUCAUUUUCUUGCUCUACGUAAGAACCUUCAUCGCCGAUGAAGAUCAACCGCAUCCGUUACUUUCUCAUCAAUCUCGAUCUCUCCAGGUGCCGGAUUCACCUAGGUACAAAUACGACGAGCAACUUUGGGAUUCUCCUCACAGCCGUGGCUUCCACCCUUGUGUCAAGCCAACUGCUAAAUAUAAAGGUGCCCAAGGAUUUGAACGCUAUCUGUCCGUUAGAAGUAACGGUGGGCUAAAUCAAAUGCGAACUGGUAUAGCAGACAUGGUGGCUGUGGCACAUAUAAUGAAUGCAACUUUAGUCAUUCCUCAAUUGGAUAAACGUUCAUUCUGGCAAGACUCAAGUGUAUUUUCAGACAUAUUCGAUGAGUUUCAUUUCAUUGAAUCCCUGAAAGGAGAUAUCAGGAUUGUUCAGGAACUUCCCAAGAACUUGGAAGCUGCCCCCCGGGCUAGAAAACACUUUACUUCCUGGUCUGGAGUUGGUUACUAUGAAGAGAUGGCAAGGUUAUGGAAAGACUAUCAGGUGAUACAUGUUCCAAAAUCAGAUUCUCGACUUGCAAACAAUGAUCUUCCUCUAGACAUCCAGAGAUUGAGAUGCCGCGCAAUGUAUCAUGCACUACAAUUUUCUCCUCCUAUUGAAAAUCUCGGAAAGAGGUUGGUGGAUCGGCUGAGAUCACGCGGGGGAAAGUAUAUUGCUCUCCAUCUAAGAUAUGAGAAAGAUAUGUUGUCUUUUACUGGAUGUGCAUAUGGUCUGACAGAUGUGGAAUCUGAAGAGCUGAGAAUUUUAAGGGAGACUACAAAUUAUUGGAAAGUAAAAAAAAUAAACUCAACAGAACAGAGAAUUGGAGGAUUUUGUCCGCUGACUCCAAAGGAGGUUGGCAUUUUUCUUCAAGCUCUUGGGUUUCCCCCAUCAACACCAAUAUACAUUGCUGCAGGGGAGAUCUAUGGUGGCAAUACUCAUCUGUCAGAGCUCUCCUCCCGCUUCCCUAAUCUAAUCUUUAAGGAAUCCCUUGCAACUCCUGAAGAGCUGAAAGCUUUCACCAAUCAUGCAUCUCAAAAUGCUGCACUCGAUUACAUAAUCUCUGUAGAGAGUGAUGUAUUUGUUCCAUCGUAUUCAGGAAAUAUGGCACGAGCUGUUGAGGGACACCGUAGGUUCUUAGGUCACCGCAAGACAAUCAACCCAGACAGGAAAGGACUUAUUGGAAUCUUUGAUAAGCUGGAAACUGGAGAGCUAGUAGAAGGAGCCGCACUGUCACAUAUUGUGCAGCGGAUGCACAAGAACAGGCAAGGAGCUCCAAGGAAAAGACAAGGUUCAUUACCGGGAGUUAAAGGCCGAGCACGAUUCAGGACUGAAGAGUCCUUUUAUGAAAAUCCAUACCCCGAGUGCAUAUGUGGUUCAAGAAGCAAACUAGAAAGAACAUGAAGAGAAACCAAACUGCAGUGCCAGUUCGAUCUAAAACUUUUGGAGGAUCUUGUUUAUCUUUAAAGUCGUUUUAGAUAAACUGUGUUAGCCAUUUCUGACACACAUGGUUCCUUGCCUGUGCCCUGCAGCUGUGCGGUCGCAGAGUUUUUGGAACCCCAUAACAACAAACUCACAAUGUUGACAAGUCUAACUCCUUAGUUGUAUUCUAACAAUUCUCUUCAAGUAGCAUUGAGCCAUUGACGUUAUAUAUUUUAAUUCACGGAUACAAUAUUCUCCCCCUUCCUUGGGCUUACAAAAUACAAAAUGAACUCUAGUCUCCAGGUGAAACCAUCGGGGAAGGCAAUAAUACAUUGUAAAGUUUAACUUCCCGUCUCUGUUUAUGUUUGACAAGCUAGUCUCGUCUGUCAAGUGUAGACUUAUAGUUGAUUUAUUUAUUUAUGGUGAAUGUGUGUUUUUUUUUUU